AUGAGUAGCACCAGUGAAGCCUUGAAACGGAUAAAAAACAAACAAAGAAGACAGCAAGUAUAUGCCGACAUCAAGAGACAAAAAGUCAAAGACCGCCAUAAAUUACGAGCAGAACGAGCCGAUGAAGAACGUAAUAAUCCUGAGUUACGAGAACAAAGAAUUGCCGAAAAUAUUCCUGCUACAAUCGAUUCCAAACGAGUUUACGAUGAAACUCUCCUGGCAAAAAUUGAAGGCGAUGAAGAUGAGUUUAGUGAAUAUUUCACCAAUUUAUCCAAGGAUCCCAAAAUCCUUCUCACGACAAAUAUUGGUGCCAAGAAACCAGCUUAUGAGUUUGCUGACAUGUUGAUGGAUUUCCUCCCCAAUACCACAUUUGUCAAACGUAAAAAAGACUUUAAUAUUCAAGAUAUGGCCAAGUUUUGCUCCAAUAGAGAAUACACAUUGUUGGCAAUUAUAAAUGAAGACAAAAAAAAAGUUACGGGAUUAACAUUGGUCAACUUACCCGAAGGACCGACAUUUUAUUUCUCUAUAAGUUCAAUAAUUGACGGCAAGAGAAUAAAAGGUCAUGGUGUGGCCACGGAUCAUAUACCAGAAUUAGUACUUAACAAUUUCAACACUCGAUUGGGUAAAACUGUUGGCCGUUUAUUUCAAUCUGUUUUUCCCCAUAAACCCGAAUUACAAGGAAGGCAAGUUAUAACAUUGCAUAACCAACGUGACUACAUAUUCUUGAGAAGACAUCGAUACGUGUUUAGGAAUGAAGAAAAAGUAGGACUACAGGAGUUGGGACCACAGUUUACCCUUAAGUUGAGAAGGAUGCAAAAGGGUGUCAAGGGUGAUGUUGUGUGGGAAUUUAGACCUGAUAUGGAGAGAGACAAGAGAAAGUUUUAUUUAUAG